AUGCUCAGUGAAAUUAUACUGGGGGCAGCUGUUGUGCUGUUUACCGCCUACAUUUAUCAGUGGAAACGGAAGUAUAGCCAGAUGCCUCCAGGUCCAAAACCACUGCCAGUACUGGGCAAUUUCUUAGAAAUAAAGGAAGCUUCAAUGAUCGACGAUCUCACUCGAUUGGGUUCGACAUACGACGGCAUAUUCACGGUCCAUUUCCUAAUGACGCCGACACUCAUUCUGGACCAGUUCCAUACCAUCAGAGAUCUCCUUUUUUCUCCAUUAUAUGCUGACAUCUUCAGUGGAAGGGUUAAUUCAUACUUUAGCAAGUAUUUGCUGCCGAAUGAUAUGAUCUUCCAGACGGCCAGUGACGGACAGCGAUACCUGAGAAAACUGACCUUUCGAGGAAUAAAACAAUAUGGAACUGCACUGAAAAAUGUUGAACAUCUUGCCCAAGCAGAAAUACAAGAAAUGAUCAACAGUUGCAGAAAACGAAAUGGCGUCUCUUUUGACCCGUGGGACGACCUGAAUCAGUAUGUCAGCAACAUGGUGUUGCUUUUGGUUUGUGGACAAAGAUUUCAGCCUGGCCAUCAGACACUGGAGAUUUGUCAAAAUGUUGCCGCUGAUUUCGAGUACCUCUUUCACUAUAAGAACCAGAUUCUUAUGGACAAUGUCCCGUUUAGUACGAAGUUAAUGCCAAAGUUGAGACGAGCUUGUCAAACCAUGAAGAACGGAUACAACUAUUUUGCUGAGAUAAUUGACAAAAUUUCACAGGAAUCCAAAGAUACAAUGCCCGAUUGUCUCUACACAUUGCUAUUAAAAGAACGUGAGGAGGGAAGGAUAUCGAAUGAAAAUGUAAAAGGAGUUCUGAUGGAUGCCCUUGUUGGAGGUAUCUUCACAACAAAACCAACCAUGUACACUGCCCUAGCUGCAAUGGUAAACUUCCCUGAGGUUCAGAAGAAGAUCCAGGAGGAGAUCCAGAGAGUGGUUGGAAACGACCGACUUCCGGGUUUGGGGGACCGGAACAAAAUGCCCUAUACUAGGGCUGUGGAAUUAGAAUCACAUCGUUACUACACUCCUGUCAGUUUGCCAGGCCCAAGGAACACUACGCAAGACUGCACUUAUAACGGUUACAGAAUCCCCAAGGGCACAGUGGUUAUUUACAACGUGUGGCGUGUACACCACGACGAAUCAUUUUGGGAGAAUCCCUUCACGUUUGACCCAACCAGAUUCUUGGAUGAACAUGGCGAACUGCUUCCACUGGAGGAUGAGAAGCGUCAGAGAUUGCUGACGUUUGGUAUCGGAAAGCGUUCUUGUAUUGCUGAGAAGCUGUACCGAGUCAAGAUAUUUCUUGGACUGACGUCGAUCCUGCAAAACUUCGACCUGACUCGUGAUACAUCUGAGCCUUUCCUUCAUCCGACCCCGCACAUAUGA